AUGGAUUCCUGGGUCCUGUGGUUCUUGCUCUUUCAAAGCGUAGUCCAGUACCCGCAGCCCAUGGGCGAUGGUUUGGACGAGGCGACGCGUCUGUGCAUGGAGCUGUGUGCAAAGCUCCAGGAAGAGGAGAGGAUUCGGCUGGAGCGGGAGGUGGAGCAGCUGGCGCUGAUGCAGAGUGGCUCAUCCUUGCGAGACGGGCACUGGUCGGCCUUGCAGCCCUGGCAGGUCUGGGCAUUUGCUGGGCUCUUGGUUCUUCUCUUGGCUGUAUGGUUUAUGCGGAGGAGAAGAAGCCAUGAGGCAGAGAUCAGUGGUGAAGAGGAGAAGCAGGAAAAGGAAGAGGGUGAGGAUGAGACAUGGGCGUAUGAUCUGAGAUGGCUUCUAGAGGAGCACAUACAGUGGCCUGUACAGGACCUGCAGACAGGCUGCAGCAGGACAAUGGCCCUGAUUGGCAACUUCACAAGGGUCCUCAGGUCUGUCCUGACGGGGAGUUUCUACCCGGUGCUGCAACAAGCCAUUGGUUUUGGCAGUGCCUUUGAAGGUUGGAGUGCCAGUGGGGAGGAAGUUGCCUAUGAGGUGCUCAUCCCCCUGACUCCUCCCCUGGGCCACACCUUCCACCUGGAGCGUGACACUGAACGGCAGAGGCCGGGCAGGAAUUUCCGUGUCCGCGUCCAGCUGGAGUGCCGCUGCCUGAGGGAGCAGCAGGGUGCAAACCUGCUGUGCUUCCUGCACCACGCUGACGUGGUUAGGAUAGUCACUGGGCACCCCAACCUCCUAGACACGCUGUGCACAGGCUCCUACCUGGACGUGAAGAAAACUGUCCGCUGGUUCUGUGCACUGGUGAGGGCAAGCUGGCGGCGUUUGCCCCAGUCACGCAGUUGGCAUUUGGAGCUGCUGCCCUCCAAACUCUCCUGCAACCUCCACCUGAGCAACAGCCAAGAACGCUUGCAGGUGAGGGUGCUGUUCGGGGUGCGGCGACACGGCUCCGACAUCUUUGUCAGCAGCCGGUCUCGAGGGGCCCGCACCCCAAGCACAAUGUGGCCUGAGACCUGCGCUGUGGCGACAAAGUUCCUCAAGCACAUGGCCAGGCAGGUCCCCCAGGACAGCUCGCACCUCAAAUGCCUGCAGCUGCUCAGUGGUGUUCUUGCGCGCAAGGACUUUUCCACCCAGGCCAUCAAGACCAUCGUCAUGCACCUGCUGCACACCGUACCAGUGUCACAGUGGCACCAGAGACAUUUCCUGCUCCAGCUGUCAGAUGUCCUGGAGCAGCUGCGCUUAUCUGUGGAAGAGAAACGCCUGGAGCAUUUUAUUCUGGGCAACUGGAGGCUUCCGCAGGAGAUCCGGUUGCCCCUCGAUGUAGUAAGGGCUAGGCCACCCAACCUCUUCCACAGCCCGGUGCGAGAUGCAGCCACCCACUCCCAGGCGAGGGAAGUCUACCUUGAUCUGCACCAAUGCCUGGCAAGAGUGCUGGCCUACGGCCACUGUUAGUGGGGCUCACAGAAUCACAGAAUCCCUAGGUUGGAAGAGCCCUGCUAGAUUGUCCAGUCCAACCCAUGCCCUAACAGCACCUCAACUAAAGCAUGACAGUGAGUGCCCCAGCCAAUCAUUUUUUUAACGCAUCCAGGGAUGGUGACUCCACCACGUCACCCGGGCAGACAAUCCCAGUCUUUUAUUACUCUUUCUGGAAAAGACUUUUUCCGAACAUCCAACCUAAAUUUCCCCUGGUGCAGCUUAAGACUGUGUUCUCUUGUUCAGUCAGUUGCUGCCUGGAAAAAGGGACCAAGCCCCACCUGAGUACAACCACCUUUCAGGCAGCUGUAGAGAGUGAUAAGGUCACCUGCGAGUCUCCCUUUCUCCAGGCUAAACAACAGCAGCUGCGUCAGCCAUUCCUCAUAGGACAUGUGUUGCCAGCCCUUCAGCAGCCCCCUUGCCCUCCUUUGGAUGCGUGUGCUCGUGGGCCUUGCAGCUGGUGGCAGAGAAGCAGCUUCUAGUGCCGUGCCAAAGAGAGGAAUGACUGGGACACGUAGCCGCAUAGCUAUAUAGAUAUAUAACUAGAGUGUAUAUAUAGAACUCCAAAGCUUUUUAUUACCAGCUGUGUUUUUAAUAGAUGCAUAUUCUAGUGGUAGUUUAGCAAUUAUGAAAUUAUUUCAUAAAAAGCUCUAGCACGUAUAGAAUGUCACUUCCUGUUAUGACCCAUAUGAAGACUCUGUAGUUACUGUGUUUUUGUGAGGCAAGAUUUUCAUAACGUUGAAGUAUUUAUAAAAUAUAUAGUAUACACAUAUUGAAUACAAAACAAUAGGUUAAAGA